AUGGCCAUCAACGUGGGGAAGGCAAACCUUGUGGAGCACUUGGAGCUCAUCCUCAGUCUCCGUGGCUCCUACCCGAUAGUGGCAAUCGAUACGGAGUUCCCGGGGUUCAUUCGCGACACCCCUCGCAAUGCCACCGAAGAAGAAAGAUACAAUGACGUGAAGCACAACGUGGAUAACAUGCACCUGAUCCAGCUGGGCGUCGCCUUGUUCGACGAAGGCGGCAACACCCCAUGGCCGGGGUGCUGUUGGCAGUUCAAUUUUUCGGAUUUCGAUCCCGAUGUGGAUGCUUCCUCUCCCGACUCCAUCGAGUUGUUGGCACAGAGCGGGCACGACUUCCAGCAAUACCGACGACACGGCAUCGACGCGCGGCGGUGCGCCUAUCUGGUAUGCGUGAAGCUCUUCUGCCAACCCUACAGCUCCAAGUAUGUUACGUUUCAUGGACUCUACGACGUGGCAUUUGUGAUAAAGAUGAUCACCCGAGCCCCACUGCCCAACACCUUGAACGAGUUCUCUGAUUUGGUGAGGACCAUCUUCGGCCAGAUUUAUGAUCUCAAAUAUAUAUCUAGAUUUUGUGGAGGACUGCGUCGGGGAGAGAUUGGUUUGGUGGGACUAUCAAGGCUUUGGGGACCAGAAAAGCAGAAAGUGUUUAGAAGCAGAGAUGUAGUCUUCUUUGAGGAUCAAACUUUUGAAAAUUUGAAGAAAAAGGCAUCAGCCAAGACUUCUGCAGAAGGAUUAACAGAUUGUGACCUAAUUAUUCCUCUAGUAUAUCAAGGUGAUGGGGGAGAUGUGCAGAAAGAUGAUGUAGAGCCUGACGUUGAUCUACCUGCAGGACAUGUUGAGCAAGAAGAAGUAGGAGAGCAAAUUCCAACAGAAUCUCAGUUGAGAAGAUCUUCUAGACAACAUCAACCUUCCAGAAGAUAUUCUACAUAUGAGUAUACGAUGCUUACUGAUGCAAGUGAACCAGAGAGUUACAAGGAAGUAGUUGAAAGUGAAUAG